AUGCUUGACCGAUUGGCCCUCGGCCUUGCGUCCUUGCCAGACUCGACGUACUCUAAUAUUGUCAUUCUAGCAGGUGCAAAUAACUCCUUUUCUGAGAGCCUGAAACUUAUAAACCGCCAGACAUUCACUCAGAUCAUCAAGUCUCUCAGAAGAGGUGGGUAUAUUUACAGUCAGGAUGAAGUUUAUGGGUCAGCUGGGGUUGCCUUCAAUCACAACGAAGCGAUUCUGGCUGGGCUGAUACGUGUUGACAAUGGCAAAUACAUGAAACCUGAUAUAGAGGAGAUGCAGGCUGUUCCCUUGCGGCUUGGGAGGAAACACAAUCAUCUUGCUGGGACAUCUAGUUUGGAGAAAUCAGCUGCAGAACAUCAGCUCUUAUCUGUGUUUUUCCAGGAUAAAAGCAUUAGUGGCAAUGAUGGAGUCACUGUUGCUGGGUCUCAAAAGUUUCAUGAGAAUAUUGAUUCGGCAGCUACAAUGGACAAUAAUGAGGUGUCUGAUGACGAACUUAUCAAUGAGGAUAAUCUCCUGGAUGACAGUGAACUUUCAGCACCAAUCAUACAACCGCCAGAAUGUCGUCCCAAAGCAGGGAAGCGCCGACGAGCUUGUAAGGAUUGUACUUGCGGGCUCGCACAGAAAUUAGAGGAGGAGGAUGCAGCCAAGAGAGCUGAUGCUGAUGAGCAACUUGACGCAAUGAAGUUGUCACAUGGUGAUCUGGCUGAGGUUGACUUCACUGUGCAAGGGAAGGUCGGGAGCUGUGGAAAUUGCUCUUUGGGCGAUGCUUUUCGCUGUGAGGGCUGCCCUUUCAUUGGCCUCCCUGCAUUUCAACCUGGUGAGGAAGUUCGGCUUCUUAAUAAUGAUGUUCAGCUAUAA